AACGCGGUUAAAAAUAUGUAGUCAACCACAGAAAACGUGCCGGGGAUUGGAAAGAAAGCGGUUUCGGCCACUUCUUCGAUCAACGGGUUGGACGGAGGGCUCGCAAUUUCGAUCGGAAUUGGGCACGAAGACAGACGGAUCGGGGACGGACUACUUCCUCGACGCUGGGUGGUUCUCCGAUUGCAACAGCAGCGGAGGACGAUAGCUCGUGGUGGCAAAGCAGAGCCAAACCUCCGGCGAACCCUAGUCUUCGUCUGACAGUCAUGAACGAGGGCUGAUUCCGGCAAGACCAAUAAUCUACCAAGUGGUGAAGGAAAUGAUUGGGAAGAUGGGCUAUGAAGUGAAACUUGCUCGUGUUACGAAGAGAGUAAAUGAUGCAUAUUUUGCUCAAUUGUAUCUCACCAAGGUGAAACUUGCUCGUGUUACGAAGAGAGUAAAUGAUGCAUAUUUUGCUCAAUUGUAUCUCACCAAGCAAUAUGGUUAUGAAAAUGAGAGCAUCAGCUUUGACAUCCGACCUUCCGAUGCCAUCAACAUCGCCGUGAAAUGCAAGGUGCCAAUACAAGUGAACAAGUACUUAGCAUACAGUGAUGGCCUUAAGGUGGUGGAGUCUGCCAAGCCAUUCACACUGGUUUCUUCACAUUCGUCACUCUUGUUUGAGCUCGAUAGAGGUAGCGAGGAGGCCGGGAUUGAGACGAAAGAGUUCAUUCUUUUGAGGAACAUGCUCAUUGCUGCAGUAGAGGAACACUAUAUAGAUGCAGCUCAAUGGAGGGACAAGCUAACUCCACUCCGCUCCAAGAGGAAUUGGACAUGAUAAUUAUUGUAUAGCUAUAUAUAAAUAGCUCCUCUGCGCUAGCUCUUCUAGUAUAACAAAAGAAGAAAGAAAGAAGAAAGAAGAUAGCAUAUUUGAAGUGUGUAACAUGUAUAUAUAUAACAUCGGAGAGGGGUCCACGACUUCAGUUCGAAGCUGCAGCAAUUCUGCCUUCUUCGCUGAGACGAUCUUGAGACAGACCCCUGCAGUGCUUAUUCACUUCUUCCCUUCUUGUGUGUUGAGUAAUAGAGGGUUCAACGGCUAAUCAAUCUGAAAUCAAUGACUUUACAAUUG